AUGCCCAAAUUGCAAUUUCAAGCUGCCUGUGAGCCCCCUGCAUUACCCCAGAGAGUGAAGAGAGGAAGUCCUCACUUUGAGUGGGGAGACAGGGGGCAGAGCAUGCAAAAAAUGUCUGUGGGCUCUGGGAAGAGGGGUAAUGGAGCAGCACCACCCAUGCCAUGGGCUGGGAUGAGUGCCAAUACCUUGCUAAUGCUGAAACAGAAAUCUGACAAAUCUCUCACCUCUUCUCCCAAGUCUUCAUUGAAUGCCGACGCCAAAGAAAUGGGGAAGAUUACCAAUACCAGUACAACCUGUAAGGCAAAUGUAGAUGAUCUUGCUAAGGAGCUGCACUGUCAACUGUGUCAUGAUUGGUUUAAUAAGCCUGUGAUGCUGCACUGCAGCCACAACUUUUGUAAAUCGUGCAUUGAAAAGGCAUGGAAGACUACUCAGAAAGCAGUAUGCCCUGAGUGCCUUGCCCUAUGCCCAGGCAAGAACUAUAUUCCCAAUUUAGUGCUGGAGAGACUCAUGAUCAGAAUCAAAGAUAUGCCUUUGCUCCAAGGUCAGCCUCUGUGCCAGGAGCAUGGUGAGAACUUGAAGCUAUUCAGUAAGCAAGAAGGGAAGCUGGCAUGCUUCCAGUGUAAGGAUGUUCGGCAUUCACAGGAAUUUUUACAGAUAAAUGAAGCUGUUCAUGUCUACUCGAGAAAGUUGGCUAUCAGUCAAGCUCAGGUGGAAGCAAGCUUGAAAGAACUGCAGAAGUUAAAAGGCGUGCAAGAGGAGGAAAUCUGUGCUCAUAAGGAAAACAAGCUACAGCUGCAGCAAAAUAUCUCUCUGGAGUUUCUAAAGCUUCACCAGUUCCUGAACAACAAAGAGAAGCAACUUCUGAAUGAGCUUCAGGAGAUGGGGAAUGCCCUGGAAAAUGAGAUGGAACAGAGUCUGAACCAGCUACAAGAACAAUGUGUCCUAGCUAAGGAAAUGUUGGUGGACAUCCAAGUCCAACUGGAACUGCAAAAUCCCUACGACUUCCUUGUAGACAUAACAGCCUUCUUAGGUAGCUUGGAAAAAGGAAUUGAAGUAUUAGCCCCAAGACACUUCAUUUCUGGGCAACUGAGCCUGGGCAAGUUCAAGGGCCCUAUCCAAUACAUGACAUGGAAGGAAAUGAGAUCCAUCCUCACUCCAGACAUUAGUCUGAUAACUCUGGACCCCAGAACGGCUCACCCAAAUUUGGUGAUAUCAGAUGAUCAAACCAGUGUAUGGCAUGGUGACAUCAAGCAGAUGAUUCCUGACAAUCCAGAGAGGUUUGACUCAAGUGUGGCUGUGCUUGGUUCAGAAGGCUUCACCUCAGGAAAAUGGUACUGGGAGGUAGAAGUAGCCAAGAAAACCAAAUGGACAGUGGGAGUGGUCAGAGAGUCAAUCAACCGGAAGGGCUGUUGUCCUUUGACUCCUAUGGAUGGGUUUUGGCUCCUCCGGCUAAGGAACCAGGUUGAGCUAAAGGCCCUAGAUGUACCUUCCUUCAGUAUGGUGCUGAAAUGCAAACUCAACAGAGUGGGAAUAUAUUUGGAUUAUGACGGGGGACAGGUGUCCUUUUAUAAUGCUGAAGAGCUGUGUCACAUUUAUACCUUCAGCAGUACCUUUACUGAGAAAAUAUUCCCUUACUUCUGCCCCUGCCUGAAUGAUUCUGGAGAUAACUUAGAGCCACUGAGCAUCAUUCACCCUAUAACUUAG